AUGAAUGCUUCUACGUCAAUAAUAUCAUCAUCAUCAUCAAAAGAAAUUAUUGUUGGUAACAAACGUUCAUCUGAUAAUGACAAUGAUAACCAACAACCGCCCAUAAAAGAAAAGAAAGCUAAAACAAUUGCAUGUGAUAGAUGUAGACGUCGAAAAGUCAAGUGCCAUGGGAACGGUUAUACCAAGGCUCCAUGUCAAUAUUGCGUUUCAGUAAAAUUAGAAUGUACCUAUGGAACAAAAAUUAUUCGUAAAUCAUCAAGUAAUUCUGUCACAAAAUCUAUCGGAUCCAACAAUAAAUGGUCUUCUAGAAUCUCACCUACAUCACCAAUAUCAGCGGCGUCUACAAGCAAUAAAGUAGUUCGUGGUAGAAGAUCAAGUCCAAGACCAAAAAAAUCACCUUCCUCAUCACCAAUCAAUAAUAAUGAUGUUGCUGUUCCAUUAUUGCCAGGAAAAAAUAUCCCUAACAGUAAUUUUAGUGGUAAUAAAAGAUCAAUAAAAGUGGUUUGUCAAAUACUUCCAUUUACAGAAGUAUUAAAAAAUGAUUUAGAAUAUUCUAUAAAGUUACUUUCAUCGGUUAUCUUACAAAAUGAAUCAGAUGUUCGUCUUCAACUUGACGCUCAUAUAAAUAUUCCAAUUGACGAAUUUGCCGAAUCUAAUACAACAACUUCUCAAAAUAUUUUAGCACAUUAUGAUUCCACCACUUUAUUGAGCAAUCGUGAACUAAUUAAUAACCUAGUCGAUUUGUAUUUUACCAAUUUUCAUCCGAUGCUUCCAGUGUUACAUAAGUCCUUCUUUUACGAAACAUUUAACGAUAAAAACAAAUCGAUUUCUCCUUUGUUGUUAAGUGCAAUCUGUUCAAUUGGCUCCAGGUAUUCUAAUAAUGAUGGAUUCACAACUACAACAGCAAAGAAACAAUCCGGAAAAUUCAAUACAAUUGGUUUGGAUUUUUACAAAAACGCUCAAAAUAUGAUAAAUCAAUAUCUUGAUGUCUCUAGACUUAGCACUGCGACGGCCAUUUUUCUAAUGGGAGCUUUUGAUGCAUCGCGUAAUCUUCGAAGUAGGAUUUACUUGGGAAUGGCUACAACAUUCUCUAUAACAAUGAAAUUGCAUGAUAAAAAUGCCUUAACGUUUAACAAUACAAUGUUGGGAUUAGAUGAUAAGCAUAGCUCAAUUGAAUAUCCAAACCCCAGCAUUGAGAACAAUGAGAAAGAAUCUAGGAUUAUUGAAUACUUUGUUAAUUAUGUAAAAAUUACAAAAAUAUUGUAUGAAAUUCUUGAAUUUUCGUUAAGUGAGGAAAAAGAUAUUGAUUGGAAAAAAAAUUUACCAAAUUAUUUACAGAUAAGAAUUAUCAAGCAACCUAUCAUGAUCACCAAAGAAAUAACAAUAGAAUAUUUAGAAGUGUAUUUAUGCAUUGUUUUCAAUUACGCAAUUAUUAGAUUACAUCAUACAAACAUAUAUUCAACAGAUAGUUUGCUUAAAUGUAUAGACGCAGCUAAUGAAAUCAUUGAAUUGGUAAACAAUAAUAGAAAUGUUAUUUCCAUGAUGAUGAACUGUGAGCAAUUUAUUAGUCAUUGCAUUUUUUAUUCUGGAUUAAUUAAUUUGUUCGUUACGAAAAAAAAUAAUGACGACCAACAAGCAAUUGAAGCAAGAAAUAAUGUAAAGAAAGUGAUAGAAAUUUUUACAAGUUUUCUUGAAAUUCCUUCUUUAAAUUACCUUUAUUCAAAUAUCAUUAUAACAAUUUCAUUAUUUGCAACUCAAAUCUCUGACACUCAAAAAAUCAAUGAAAUAAAAUUUUUUAUUAAUAAUAACUAUAAUAACAAUAAUAACAACAAUAGUUUUGUUUAUAAUUAUAAUAAUAGUAAUAGUAAUAGUAAUAAUAUUGACUCACAGCCACACCAACAAAAAUCGAUUGUAAAAUUACAACAAUAUUCUAAUUCUACAAAUAGUAAUUUACCUUGGAUCCAACAACAACAACAACAAUCGCCGACAUCAACAAUUGAAAAUUCAAAUGUUGCUAAAUUAGAAACAAUUGAUAGUAAGAAUAAAAAUAAUAAUAAUAACAAUAAUAAUAAUGGUAGUAGUAGUAGUGUCACUAAUAAUAGUAAUUUAAUGCAAGGAAUGAAUUUUUCUACUUCCACCUCCGCACAACAUCAACAAUCUCCACAAAAUAAUUCUAAUCGACAACGUCAAAAAUCUAGAUCCUCAAGCAAAAACAACAACCUGUCAUAUCCAACCACUCCUACAUCUAAUAACACAAGUCCACCAACUAUCACAACUGCUUCUGCUACUGCUGCUAAUAAAAGCAAUAGUAGCAGUAGCAAUCCCACAACUUCACCUAAUCUUGGUAGUGGAACAAGUAGCAUAUCUUCAAUAACAAAUCUUACAUCAAUAAAUAGUAGCAAUAGCAGUAAUAAUAAUAACAACAACAAUAACAAUAAUUCAAUUGGUGCUUUAAUGGGAAGUCACAAUGAAAUUCCAAUUUCAAAUAUAAAUAAUUUAACAGGAAUUGGUCAACAACAUCAUUAUAAUUCAAAUAAUAAUCAUAAUAACAAUAACAAUAAGUAUUCUUUUUUUGAAUAG